AUGCUGAGACAUUUGCAAAACUCGGAACCCUACGCUAGCUUCUCAUCAGUGAUUACCCUUUCUAGAGCUCACAUCCAACCCACUGCACCACCGAGGGUUCAACUACAGUUUCAGCUUAACAAGGUCCAGUCAUAUAUAUAUAUAUAUAUAUAUAUAUAUAUAUAUAUAUAUUCUUUUGCAGUUUGCUAUGACCGUGACGGAUCCGAACGAUGCUCGAAUUGGAUUUCACACUGUCGAACUGAACGCUUUUAUCUCUACAUGUGGUCUUAUUGUGCCCGAACAUGUGGUUAUUGCUGA